UCAAGACUCAAGGGCGUUACUGUUACUGUUAGCUUCAAUGGCUUCCAAAUAUAGUGUUACAGUACUGUUAGCUUCAAUGGCUUCCAAAUAUAGUGUUACAGUUCUGUUAAGCAUCUUGUGCUUCACCACCUGUUUGGCCAAGGAAAGCUCUGCUCAACAGCCACGCAAUGUUGUGGUGAAGGGAAGAGUCUUUUGCGACACAUGUGGCCAACAUCAAUUGACAGAUACAGGGUCUCCUGUUAUUGUUGGGGCAGUGGUUGCAGUGGAAUGCAACAUGAAGAGGAAGCUGAAAACAGGCAGCACUUCAGUUGAAGGAAAAACAGGGGAGAAUGGAGAGUUCAGGGUGGAGUUAAGCCCCUCAGUUGUUGUUCAUUCCAAAUGUGGUGUGCGCCUUGUGAGCAGUCCACAACAGUCCUGCAACAUGCCCUCCAUUGCCACAGCAUCUCACAUCACCUUGGCCUCAAACAACAAUGGACUUCUAACUUACAACUCUCCUCCCUUAGCCUUUCGCCCUUCUUCCAUUGCCUCAUGCAAACACAAACACAGUCACAGUGAUGCAGAUGCAGAUGCAGAAUCAAAGCAGAGUUUAGCUCCACCACUGCUUCUACAAGCUCCUCCUCUCCCUUUUGCUUUUCCACCCACUCCACCCCUGCCAAACUUGCCAUUUCCUCCACCACUGCCUUUACAAGCUCCUCCUCUAGCUUUUCCUCUUCUUCCACCCACUCCACCAUUUUCAGUCCCCUUCCCUCGCUUAGCCUUUCCCACCCUGCCUGCACCACCUCCAAUGCAGUAGUGCCCUUUUCUCUUAAUCAGCUCUGUAUUCUCUGGUAUUUGUUGUUUAUGAAAUUAGUAAGCAUGGAGCAGAUAUUUCAGCUUUCAUAGAAUUCCAAUAGUCUGUUUACAAUAACAGUACUUGUAGUGCUGGUAGGCUUUGCUAUGAUUUAUGUAAUUUCUCAGUCUUUGCAGAUUCCAGUUCCUAGCUAUUUCAAGGAUUGCUUUUGUAUUACCAAGAAAAUGAUUUAUGCAAUUACUCAGCAAACUCCAUUUUCAAGUAGUGAA